GCAGUCUGUCAAGCAUCAAUGCCUCUGAAGAUUUCUUGAGUGAGGCAUUUGAAAGUCAUGAAGGUUUAUCAGGUGUUAACUGGAAAGACCCAGCAUUAUGGCCAGACACUCUGAGAGGUAAAUCUAGAGAGUACAUCGUUCUUGCUGGAUUGAUGAGUGAACAAGAUCUCUUGAAAACUGUACAGUCUUUGCCCAAGGAUUGUGACGGCCAGGCCUUUAGUGAAUUCCACUUGUAUUCAAAAUCACCGAAUGGACGUGAAAAGAUCCUAAGGGAUUGGCUAAGAUGGAGCGACAGCAAGAAAGUCUUGUACUGUACAACUUGCCUUGCUUUUUCAACAGACUCUGCCAAUAAAACAGGAAGUUCUCUUUGCAGAAAGGAAGGGUAUGAUCCACUGAAGUCAAAGUGGCACAAAUUGUAUAAAAAAUUGCCAGAGCAUGAACAUUCAGCACAGCACAGGAAGAACUACUGGAGCUGGCGAUGCCUUCAGAAAUCUGUUGGUGGACAGGGUGUAGACCAUGACAUUCAAAGAACUUUGGCAGUGGAAGCAGAGAAAUUCACUGUGCUCCUGGAGAGGCUUCUUGAUGUAACUCUGUUUCUUGCUUCAAGAAAUUUGGCAUUCAGAGGGAGUUCGCAAAGAGUUGGAGACAUUCAGAAUGGGAAUUUUCUCGGUAUCCUAGAGCUCAUUGCCCAUUAUGAUGCUGUCCUAAAGGAGCACCUGGACAAAGUGAAGAGAAGCCAAGAAAAAGGGAAAAAACUUCCAGCUCAUUAUUUAUCAUGGGGAACCCAGAAUGAAUUCAUCAAUCUGUGUGGACGGCAUGUUCUCAAUGCAAUACUUUCCGAAAGGCAAGAGGCUAUCUAUUUUACAGUGAUAUGCGAUGCUUCCCCAGAUAUUUCCCAUACUGAGCAGAAUGUCAUCGUUUUACGUUAUGUGCACAGAUGUUCACAGACAGGUAAGUGGUGCAUUCAAGAGAGAUUUCUUGAAUUUUUUGAUUUUUUUCAGAAGAUUGGUGAGGAAAUUGCUGAGAUGCUAACAUCAAGAUUGCGUGAGCACAACAUCGACCUCAAAGAUUGCAGAGGGCAAGGGUAUGAUAAUGGAGCCAACAUGGCUGGAAGAAUUAAAGGAGUAAAAUCCAGAAUCCUGGAGAAGUAUCCACAAGCCAUUUUUUGCCCCUGUGCUGCACACUCUUUAAACCUUGUUGGCGUGCAUGCAGCAUCCAGCUGUCCUGAAGUGAAGACAUUUUUUGGAAGUGUGAAUAGAUUGUACGUCCUUUUUAGCAACAGUCCUGAGAGGUGGCAUACCCUAACUGAGGAAAUUGCUGGUUCACUGCAUGGUCUUAGUGACACUAGAUGGAGUUCAAGAGUUGAAGCAAUUCGGCCUGUCGCUAAGAAGCUGCCAAGCAUUCUCCAAGCACUUGAGAAGAUAAUUUCCUCUAGAAGGCUUACAAGUGAUGCACAGUCAGAAGCUGUGGGGCUGUAUAAUUAUUUUUCUUCUUUCCGUGCAAUUCUACUUACAACUUUUUGGCUAAAAGUUCUACAGUGUUUUGAUGAGAGGAACAAAAUUCUGCAGGCACGGUCAGUUUCCAUGGAGAUUGGAGCCGCAAAUAUAUAUAUGCAUUGGCAGAAGAAAUGAAAUCUCUUAGAGAAAAGUGGCCUGCUCUACUCUCAGAGGCUAGAUUGGUUGCUGAUGGCAUGGAGAUUCUGGCUGAACUUAUGAACACACAACAGAUUCGCCGAAAGAAGUCACAAACUCCUGGUCAACUGGAAGAUCCUGAAGCUGUUUUUAAAGUCAAUGUUUUUCUCGUGACCCUGGACACUAUCAUUUCUGACCUAGAUCAGAGAUUUAAAUCAAUGGAAGAAAUAUGCAAUUUAUUUGCUCCAAUAUUGAAGUUGAGGAAGCUAACAAAUGAAGUUCUAGAAGCAUCCACCAAGUUGCUGGUUGCCAAAUACCCUCAAGAUCUUACAGACUCGUUACUGGAUGAGUUACAACAUCUUCGUAAGGUCUACAAUGAAACAUUUGAAGGGUCUCUUGGUCAACUGGAAUUAUUAAAUUGUAUCUAUGACCUGCAGCUUGAAGGCAUAUUUGGACAGGUGUGUGUUGCCCUUCGUAUCUUCAUCACACUUCCUCUGUCAGUGGCUGAAGGAGAGAGAGCGUUCAGCAAACUGUCCUUGAUUAAAAACUAUCUACGGUCAACAAUGAGUGAACAGAGACUGAAUAGCCUGGCAAUGCUUUCUAUUGAACACGAACUUGCAAAUCACCUGGAUUUCAAAGAACUUAUCAAAGAUUUUGCAAGCAGUAAAGUGAGGAGACUUUGAGCCCUGUGUAUAUCACUUGCAAUAAGCUUCAGGAGAACAUGGUUUUACAAAGCACUUGACACUUUCAGUCAUAUCUUUUUGAGUAUCCUGGUUACUUCAUCAAUCACGUACCACUAGAUUUCUAUUUAUACUUCUAAAUGUUAUUUAUUCAUACUAAUAAAAGUUCUUAUUUUUUAUUGUAAAAAUAGUUUUAUAUCGCGUACCACUAGGUUUCUAUUUAUACUUCUAAAAAGUUAAAUGUUAUUUAUUCAUACUAAUAAAAAUUCUUAUUUUUUAUUGUAAAAAUAGUUUUAUAUCUUAUUUAUUCAUACAAAUAAAAGUAGUUAUUUUGUUUGCUAUAAAAAUAAGUUAUAUAAGGCCUAUAUGUUUACAAACAAUCACAAACUGCCAAUGCACUUUAUAAUCAUCCAGUGGUUAGAUCAUGAAUCAUGUACAACUAGGUUUCUAUUUAUACUUCUGAACAGUUCAUACUAAUAAAAGUUCUUAUUUUUAUUGUAAAAAUAGUUUU